AUGGUUAACUUCACUAUCGAAGAGAUCCGGUCCCUCAUGGACCGUCCGGCCAACAUCCGGAACAUGUCCGUCAUUGCUCACGUCGAUCACGGAAAGUCGACUCUGACCGACUCCAUGAUCCAGCGUGCCGGUAUCAUCUCGGCUGCUAAGGCCGGUGAAGGUCGUUACAUGGACACUCGUCCCGAUGAGCAGGACCGUGGCAUUACGAUCAAGUCGACUGCCAUCUCCCUGUAUGCCAAGUUCCCCGAUCCGGAGGAUCUCAAGGAGAUCCCCCAGAAGGUCGAUGGUGCUGAGUUCCUGGUCAACUUGAUCGAUUCCCCCGGUCACGUUGAUUUCUCCUCUGAGGUCACUGCCGCUCUCCGUGUCACUGACGGUGCCCUGGUCGUCGUCGACACUGUUGAGGGUGUCUGUGUCCAGACCGAGACCGUCUUGCGUCAGGCCCUGACCGAGCGUAUCAAGCCUGUCCUGAUCAUCAACAAGGUCGACCGUGCCCUGCUCGAACUUCAGGUUAGCAAGGAGGAUCUCUACCAGUCCUUCUCUCGUACCAUUGAGUCCGUCAACGUCAUCAUCUCCACCUACCAUGACAAGGCUCUUGGUGAUGUUCAGGUCUACCCCGACCGCGGUACCGUUGCUUUCGGUUCCGGUCUCCACGGAUGGGCUUUCACCGUCCGCCAGUUCGCCGUCAAGUACGCCAAAAAGUUCGGUGUUGACCGUAAGAAGAUGCUUGAGCGUCUCUGGGGUGACAACUACUUCAACCCCAAGACCAAGAAGUGGACCAAGACCGGUGAGCCCGAUCAGCGUGCUUUCAACAUGUUCAUCUUGGACCCCAUCUUCAAGAUCUUCGCUGCUGUCACCAACGACAAGCGGGAGGAGAUGCUCACCCUCGUUGAGAAGCUCGAGGUCAAGCUUGCCAACGACGAGAAGGACCUUACGGGCAAGGCUAUGCUCAAGGUCAUUAUGCGCAAGUUCCUGCCCGCCGCUGAUGCCAUGUUGGAGAUGAUCUGUAUCCACCUGCCCUCUCCAGUCACUGCCCAGAAGUACCGUGCCGAAACUCUGUACGAGGGUCCCAUGGACGACGAGUGCGCUAUUGGUAUCCGUGACUGUGACCCCAAGGCUCCUCUCAUGCUUUACGUCUCCAAGAUGGUUCCCACCUCUGACAAGGGCCGUUUCUACGCCUUCGGUCGUGUCUUCGCCGGUACUGUCAAGUCCGGUCUUAAGGUCCGCAUCCAGGGUCCUAACUACGUCCCUGGCAAGAAGGAGGAUCUCUUUAUUAAGGCCAUCCAGCGUACCAUUCUGAUGAUGGGUCGUUUCGUUGAGCCCAUCGAAGAUGUUCCUGCUGGUAACAUCGUUGGUCUGGUUGGUGUCGACCAGUUCCUGCUCAAGUCUGGUACCCUCACCACCUCCGAGACCGCCCACAACCUCAAGGUCAUGAAGUUCUCCGUCUCCCCUGUCGUCCAGCGUGGUGUUGAGGUCAAGAACGCCCAGGAUCUGCCCAAGCUGGUCGAAGGUCUCAAGCGUCUAUCCAAGUCUGACCCUUGUGUCCUGACUAUGAUCAACGAGUCUGGUCAGCACAUUGUUGCCGGUGCCGGUGAGCUGCACCUUGAAAUUUGCUUGAAGGAUCUCGAGGAGGACCACGCCGGUGUCCCUCUCCGUAUCUCGGACCCUGUCGUCUCCUACCGUGAGACUGUCGGCGCUGAGUCCAGCAUGACCGCGCUGUCCAAGUCUCCCAACAAGCACAACCGUCUCUACGUCACUGCUCAGCCCCUCGGCGAGGAGGUCUCCCUCGCCAUUGAGUCCGGCAAGAUCAACCCCCGUGACGAUUUCAAGGCCCGUGCCCGUGUCCUCGCUGACGACUUCGGCUGGGAUGUUACCGAUGCCCGUAAGAUUUGGUGCUUCGGUCCCGACACCACCGGUGCCAACUUGCUGGUUGACCAGACCAAGGCCGUCCAGUACCUCAACGAAAUCAAGGACUCUUUCGUCUCUGGUUUCCAGUGGGCCACUCGUGAGGGUCCCAUCGCUGAGGAGCCUUUGCGCUCUGUCCGCUUCAACGUCCUUGAUGUGACCCUGCACGCUGAUGCCAUCCACCGUGGUGGUGGUCAGAUCAUCCCCACUGCUCGUCGUGUCCUGUACGCCGCUACCCUGCUUGCCGAGCCUGGUCUUCAGGAGCCCAUCUUCAACGUCGAAAUCCAAGUUCCCGAGCAGGCCAUGGGUGGUAUCUACGGUGUCCUCACCCGCCGUCGUGGUCACGUCUACAGCGAAGAGCAGCGUCCUGGUACCCCUCUGUUCAACGUCAAGGCUUACCUGCCUGUCAACGAGUCCUUCGGUUUCAACGCCGAUCUCCGCCAGGCCACCGGUGGUCAGGCCUUCCCUCAGUCCGUCUUUGACCACUGGUCUAUUCUUCCUGGUGGUUCUCCUCUUGACCCCACUACCAAGCCUGGUCAGACCGUUGCUGAGAUGCGUAAGCGCAAGGGUCUCAAGGAGCAGGUUCCUGGCUACGAAAACUACUACGACAAGCUGUAA